AAAGACGGUGGUGAGCACAAUCUGCCUGUUCUCUCUCUCUCUCUUAUCGGGACCUCAGACAACGCCUGGAAGAAUUUGCUUAAGACAACUGUGUCCACUCUCCAGGACAUAAGCAUCUUUAACUCCAAAACCAAUAGUGAAGUCAUGCAGGUGGAGAGGAAAUGGCAUAUACUCCUGACUAUCUUCUUUCUGCUCGUCACCUCUGGUCAGUGUAUGGACAGCAAGGAGGUCAAACAGAAAGAAAGAAGGACCCUGUUGGAUCUAAUCUUACAGGUUAUCAGAGACAGCCAGCAACGGGACAAACCCGUCUCCAGGCGCUGUAGCAGUGGACUCUUCACUUCAGCCCAAGACAUGAAGUUCUCUUCCCGUGAAAAGCCUUUCUAUGUCCCUAGGCUGGAUAACAGUAGACUCAUAGAAAUUUUUCCUAGAGAUGCAAAGCUGAAAGGAAAAUUCAUUCAGCAUUUCGGAGCAGGACAAGUCAAGUUCUCGUCGGAGUGCAAAACACACUUUCAUAGACUUUAUCACAACACAAGGGAUUGCUCAAGACCAGCAUAUUACAAAAGAUGUGCAAGAUUGCUAACACGAUUAGCAAUGAGUCCUCUCUGCAUGCAAUCAUAGAUUUUGCGUGUCCCACAAUAAUGGAAGAGGGAUCAAUGCGUUGCCAAGGAAGUGCCUUCAGACCCACAGCAGUCAUAAGAACAUUGUUGUUUAUAGUGUUUCUACUUUUGUUCUUAUUUUUGUCAUCAUUGAAUAUGCCGAUGGACA